AUGGCUGCAGGACAAAAUCUGGAUGUUUCAAAAAAACUUAAGGCUGCCAUAAAAGCAAAGCUGGAGGAGCUAGGAGUUUACGUGGAUGAUGAGCUUCCAGAAUAUAUCAUGGUCAUGAUUGCAAAUAAGAAGGAGAAGAAUCAAAUGAAAGAUGAUCUGAAUUUAUUUUUGGGAAAAUGUACGAGUAAAUUUGUGGAUUGGUUAUUCGAUUUAUUUGAACGGCUUCAGUCGGCUGGCAACAAACCUGAUAGUCACACUUGUGCAGAAAAGUCCAGCAAGGAUGUUCAAAAAGAGCCGGCGAAAGAAAAAGAGCGUAGAAAAGAUACUGAUGCUUCUACGUCGAGAAAAGAAGAUAGGAAAGAAAGUCGAACUGUUUCAUAUCCCACAAUUCUAGAAAGCCGAACUCAUGAGUCCUCGUCGCAUCGUCAAAUUGAAGUGGAAUCCAGAAAGCGAGAUGUUGAAAAGGAGCGGGAACGCGAAAGGGAUCGGGAAAAGGAAAAGGAAAGAGAACGAGAGAAGGAAAGAGAACGACAAGAAAAGGAAAGAGAAAGGCAACGGCAAGCUGAGAAAGCAAAGGAAAAAGAACGCGAAGAACGUAUUAGAGAAACUGAACGUCAACAAAAAGCUCGUGAACAGGAAAAAUUGAAACGAUCAGAAGCAUCACGCAGCCGCGAAACUGUACGUCCUACUCGCAGACGAGGCGAAAAAGAGCGCAGAUCACGUUCUCGUUCUAGGACAUGGUCUGACGAUCAGUUUGAGCUUGAGGUGGAAGAACGAUCGAAAAAGGUUGCGUCUUCUGUUGUAGUGCAACGUCCAAUUGCUGCUAGUCCAGAACCAGUGAAGGUGUCAUCGCAAGUGCAUGUGAUGCGGAAGGUUAAACCAGCUGUUAGUGAAAUGGAAAAGAAAACCAUGAAAGCUGGCUCGUCUAUGUUCCUUAAAGCUAUGAAUCAGGCCAGUGUUAGCGCUGGAUACGGUGCUUCUCUGAUGGACAAAAAGAAACACGCUGCUCAUAGUACCACCCGCUCUCCGCUCAAGAAUAGAAUUACCCGCCCUAAUAUUGUGGAAGUGGAUAGCGAUGGGUAUGCUAGUAUUCUACUAUUAUUCAUUUGA